AUGACGUCCUCAGCGGCCGGCUCAAUCGCCUUCUUCGUCCUCUCACUCGUCUCCAUAAGCGGUCUUGUCCUGCUCCUCCUGCGCUACUACCUCCCCCUCCGCACCACACCCGCUUACGUCGUCGUACCCGUCUUCCUGGCAAUAGCGCUACCGGCCAGCAUCGUUGUACUCUUGCCCAUCGAUCUCGCGAGCAGCGCCGGACUAGAUACUACUGAUGGCGCAAGGGGGAUAUGGCUGACUGACACGGUCGUGUACAAGGCAUGGCGCAUCAUCUACUGGCUCACCUUUGCCUUGACCUGGGCUAUUCUACCCAUGCUGGGCGAAUACUGCGACAGUGGCUAUAGAGAACCAAAGGCGCGGCUGCAGUAUGCGCUCAGGAGUAACGGGCGGUACUGGCUCAUUGUCCUGUCAUGCAGCAUUGUCGGCUCCAUAUACCUCAUCUGGUGGAACGGUUUCGAGACAGACACAUUCAAGAGCUUGGUCAUGGCCCUCGCCUAUACCUGGGGUCUUAUACUGGGCAUCUACCUCAUGGGCCAUGGACUCGUCGCAUUCCCGAGAAGCCUAUUCCGGUACGCAAGUGUAAGCGAACGGUUGAAGAGAAUACAAAGCCAGGCGCCCAAGGUCCACGACAAGUUGACUGAGGCGCUGGAGAAGCUGGACCAAUAUGAAUACCAAGUCCUACAGCUCAAGCAGCGCAAGAAUGCCACUACAAAGGAGUUUGAAGAGUGGAUUGAGGAGCUGGCUGAGAAGGGAAACCUACCGGAGAGCAGAGCCGGUGUUGUUGGUCGGAUGGGUACAGCGACCAUCCCUCCUGUCGUCACAGAAAGAUAUCUCGCCGAUUUGACGAGGAAGCUAAAGAGGGCACGGCAUGCAAAGUGUCGUUUUGAAAAUGAAUGGGACCGCAUCGUCCACAAGGCAGUUCGGACACAGGCCAUCCUGGACUCAAAAGCCAGUAAACAUCUUGAGUUCAAGGGUGCCGCUCUAUCGACCGCACGAGGCCCCUUGGACCGCAUUACCAUCCUCACACCCAUGCUGCGGUACCACUUGCACGUUCACGUCAUCCCUGCACUCACAUACGCUUCAUGGGUGAUGUGUAUAUUCGCCUCCAUCUCCAUCGUUUGGUCAGAAUGCGUCCGCGAAGCCCAAGAUCUCGGCGGGCCCAAACUUUCCAUUAUCGGCUGGACAGUCGUCCACCGCCACGACAGUGGCCGGUCAUCAGUUGGCUUCAACAGUCAAAUCAUUGCCGCCGCCUGGCUCUGCUACAUGUGUAUUUGCGCAUUCUACAGUCUCACCGAAGUCAAAAUUUGGGGCAACCGAGCACUCGUACGACGUAACACAUACCAAGAAAGCGCAACGUGGUACGGUCUGCAGGUCGCCAAGCUGACGGUUCCCCUGAGCUACAAUUUCCUGACCAUGACGGACAAGAAUAUCUGGAAGGGUACCAUGUUUUACAAGUUCCUCGGUCGUUUGAUUGUCCUAACACCACUCGGCGAAGGCUUCAGCGCCUUCUUUCCUAUUUUCAUUCUCGUACCCGUUUUCGCGACCGCCUUUGGACUCUACGGCAAAGUCAGAAACAUCUGUGGCUUCGGCGACUUGCUCGACGACGAGCAGGAUGAAGCUGGUGGCGCAUCCGCAGGCAUUGGGUCUUGGCGCGAAGGCCGCGCCUUGAUCGAACGCGAGAUCCAGGGCGCAAGCGGCAACGUCCUUGGCCUUUCCCAACGCACUUCCUCGCCACCAACCGAACGAUACACCGAUACACCAAACCCGUCAUCAUCCCAUCAUCCCACAAUCGCCCAUGAUGGACCAAGCACCGCCUCGUCCACCCGCCCACUGGCAACGCGUCCAGAACGCAGACGCCAACUCAUCGACGAUGACGCAGCCGAAGAGGGCAAUUUCUUCGAAAAUUUCGCCUCAAGAGUGAAGAACACGUUCGAGACAAAUGAGCUUUCUUUUUCAAGACCAAAAUGGCUGGGUGGCGAUGAAGAUGAAGCGGAGCAAGGGCCGAGGAGGGGGAUUGAGCGUGGAGAGGGAGAUCGCGGGAGUGGGUUUUUGAGCUUGUUUGGGGGGAGGAGUGAGGAAGGGAGGUUGAGGUUGUAG